GAUGUCUCCUGCACAAACUUGUAUAUGUCUCCAGCCUGAGCUUUGUCCUGUUGCUCCAUAGUAGCUGAACGGAGUUGCUGCUGCCUGCUGGUUGUGCAUCUGCCCCGAUCUCUGCCGAUUAACCACCUGUGCAGCAGCUCUCCGCUGUCCAUAAGACAUCUGUUGAGAGGAGUUAGUGCAAUGUUUCACUUUCUAAAGAUGAUGAUACCUGAUAGGACACACGCCCAACAGUGGGUCCAAGUAAGAACCAAUGAAAGUUUGUUUUCUGAUAAAAGACCCCAGUCUCUAAUGCCUGCAUGGUCACACCAGAUAAUGUCCACCCUGGUAGCAGGAAACAAGGCUUUAAGUGAGGAAUUUUCUCUUGGAUGUAACCCACUAUCUUUUCUUUUCUUCUUCUUUUUUUUGAUAAUGGAGGCUUUGGAUCAUGUUACUAAGGUAGACACACCAGUUAUUUUGUAUCAGAUAUUUUAAUGUGCAAAUAUUAUGCAGGAGGAUUCCCUCCAUGUAAACUCUGUACUCAGGUGUAAAGGUAUCCCAGCAGUAGUGGUGUGUGUUUCAGCUCAGUUCAACUAGACAUUUGAGUAACUGUGCUCACAAACACUUCUAAAGAGAUAUUACAUUGCGGGUGACAUGGAGACGUGACUCACUCAGAUCUAUUUCUAGCAUCAGGACAGAAGUUUAUUUUUAAGUACUAUUCUUCAGCGUGUGUGCAACUCGUAUACAGAAAUAUAAACCUUUAAUCCUUUGAUGCUGUCUAAUUGUAGCUAAUAACAAUUAAUGAUGGUUGUUAUAUAUAAUAUGCUAAUACACUGAGCUAAGAGGCCCCUAAGAGCCUCAUGGGAAAUAAAACCACCGGUUUCUACUAGCCAAUCAUUCAAAGUCUAUUUUAGUUCUAAACUGCCUGAGAAUACCCGGCGACAGAUGACAGGAAAGAUUCAGCAUGGCCCUCCCUGCUGAGGACUAUUACUGCCGCCAGUUCAAGCCCAACACCUUUGACCCGUCCCGCUGCAGCUCCUGUCUGCGACCAGACCACAUGCACCUCAGCUGCACCACUGCAGCUGCUGCACAACUGGAUGAACACCAGGAGUGGGUACGUACAUGAAUCUGUAGUCCACCUGAGGUUGUGUUUACUAAGCAAGAAUUACACACAUGAAGUUAGAAGUUCUUGGCUAAGAGUUGGAUAAGCAGCUCUCAGGUGAUCACAUAACUAACCGUUUUCUAAACUCCUCCCACUGUAGUUACUGUUACUAUGUGACUUACAAAGAUGCAGCUGAGGGUAGAAGUAAGAGAGGGCCUUCACUGAUUUGUAAUUUUUACUUUGCUAAGGAACACAUGCGGAUUUAUGUGAUGAUCAGCAUUGGUUUGUUUCUCUGUCUGUCUGUCUGUUAGCAACAUUCCUCAAAAACAGACUAAUUUACAUUAAAAUUUUCAGGGAAAGUCAGAAAUGACACAAGGAUCAACUGAUUUGAUUUUGGCACUGGUGUGGCUAAGAGUCUGGAUCCACAGAUUUGUUAGAGAUUUCUGUAUUAUUACAAGAUAGUGGCACGGCAUCACUGUAACUAUGACAACAAGUGAACACUAUGUCAGCUGCCUGCUGACGAUCACAUGAUGGUGAUCCUACUACAAAUCGACCGCUGUGGACUUAUCCAUUGGAGAUCAUACAAAGAACAAGUGGUUAAAUUGUGGGAGUGUUUCCGAGUCCCAUCAAUUAGUCUGGUGAGUCAGUAGUCUGACUCACCAAAUGUAGAUUCCAGGUAUAGGUCUGCCACUGGCUGCUCAUUCCAUGCACAUUUCUCCCCUCCUUCUGCUGUUUUCAAAAUCACUUUCUCAACCUCUGGCUGAGAAACCUACCACACUAAAAAUUUCAGCUGUUCCUCCACUGAUACUGUUAUGAUUGGUUUGAAGAAAUGCAAACAAACCAGAGCAGAUUUUUUUUCCUCCUAUUUUCAGAAAAAAAUAACUGUUUCUCUGGGAAUUUCUCACCCUCAAAGAACAUCGACCUGCUCUACAACACCUGCUAUCAGGAAAUGAAAUGUUUGUGACUUUAAUGGUCAAACAAUAGCUACUUUAUGGACUUCUUAUUUCUUGACCAAACUCCAUGUUUUCUCUGCAUCUCACUACCCAGCAGCCAGGUUUAUGUGAUCAGUGAAUGUGGGUGUGCUUGUAUAACUUCUAUGAAUGCAGGUGCGUCAAGAUUACACAUUACACACUGAGGGUAAUUGUCACUGACAUGAGAAGGAGAAAGGGUCAAGUACUUAUUAAUGGCCACUGUGUACAACAUAUGCGAUAAAAGUAUUCCAGCAGUUGAACACUGAGCCGAUGACGUCAGCCUAUAACACAAUCACCAAGUGAAACUACUGAGGAGGUGGGAGAAGGAUAGCACAACAAGGUGGCAUUUGAUUCUGUAUGAUUAAUUCAUGAAAGCUCAGUACAGUCCUGAGGGAAUGGGUUGUAAUCUGAAACGUCCAAAUGACGAAACCAUAGAUUAAUUUACGUGAGAGUUUCACGAAUCCUUGUGAGGUUGAAAUGACACAUGCAGAUAUAUAGCCUCGUGCAACACUGUCCCACUUAGUUAAACUGUACAGCAAGAUGUCACUCAAAAACUCAUUUUAUAGUCAAAGAUGUGACACUAAUGCACGCUUAGUUUUGAUCUGAAAGCAAAAGAUGACCUUCUUUCAACCUACAUCCAGUCAAGAGAUCAAGACCUAAAACUAACAAAACCAUUGCUCUCUGUGUGGUAAUGAGAGGUAGAACUGAGAGAAGGAUCAAGAUAAGGAUGAGAAAGACACAGAGUGGGCGGUUCUGGUAGUGCAAAAGCACUAGAGCAAUGAAAUAAUGAUGAGCAUGACCAGAGACUAGCUUGAGUUACGUCCUGUGCAGUCUAAAUGUAUUAGCUUAGCUCGAGCGAUGGAGAAGGAAGGUUAGAAGGAGGAAAGCUGCAAGACAUGACACAAGAUUUGCCUGAAGGACAGUGAGGAGUCACAGAUGCAGAUGAUGAUAAUCGCGCCCUGUCUGACGUGACCACAAGUGUCGGUAGUGAUGACGUCAGCGGUGGUUGGACCUACGAGUGGAGUCUGGUCCAAAGCCUGAGUCCUGAGUGGGAACUUAAUAUCGGCGACACUGACAUACAAUCCAGCUCUCCAAACCAGUGGGACUGUUCAGAGAGGGGCAGAUCCCUCAGCUCAGACUGUGUGGCCCAAAGACAAAUGACACGCCUGGACCCCUCUCCUUCCCGAGGUACUGAAAGCUCCUGGAUGGAUGAAAGGAGGGGAAGGGACAGGUCUCGCCGACCAUCAGAGUCCAGAGGAGACAGGGGUCAAGAGAGCGGCUACUUCUCUCCAGACAGAAGAGGUGAUGGUGAGCGGCAGAUGGAGGAGGUCAACAAACGGCAGUAUCGUUACUACGAGAGAGGACAUCCCCUCCCAAGCAACUAUGUUCCUGAACCCAAAGCCUGCGUCCCCUAUAGGAACGUCAGCCUCGGAUUGCCCUCCCAGAGAAGAAACCCUGAGACUUACAUGCAGGAAACUUGGAGAAGUGAAUCUCCACAGAGGUACACGUACCAUUCCAACUUCAGACGAGGAGCUGACUCAGAGAGAAAUUCUCCAACCCGCCACAGUUCUGUGAGCCCAGAUCGCUACAAGAUGCCUGAAACACCUGCAGGCCCUCGGAGAGGAAGCUCCCUCUCCAGGACUCAGGCUCGGUCUCAUGCUUCAUCUCAUGGUUCCUCUCAGCUUCCAUCACGUGGCCCUUCUCAUCAUGCAUCAGGCAGGUCCAGUCCGUCCCGUAGAAGGGGGUCUAUUGCCUCUCGCGCCAGCUCGCCCUUUAGGGCCCCCCCUUCCCACAGGCAUACAGACUCUUUAGUUUUGCAGAAUGGGGAAUAUGAUGCUCGAAUGGGAUCCAGCCAAGAGCUGAAGAGUCCAUCUCAAGCUUCAAACAGGCACAGUUUGGACUCUGAGAAACUGUACAGAAAUCUGGAGUCGAUCUCCCGCCGUGGCUCUUCAGCUGUUCAGCAAAACUCCUGUGAAGGAUCUCAAGCAUCACCACGCACCAGAACAUCCAUCAACAGCAUAACCAACACUCGAACUCGCAACAGCCGAGAAGUAUCACCGUCCAGAAACGGCUACAGCACCCACGGCCACACCCCACAGAGGGAGCCCUACUCCAGAGACAGCAGACCGAGUCCUUCUCAAGGCUCCUGGCAGGGGUCAGCACAUUCCUUACUCAGCCUCCCAGCUUCACCUGGUUCCUCGUCAUCGAGACGAGUUGUAGACUCUCAACUCCUCGGCGGAUCGCUGUCACACACUGCAGUCACAGAAACUGAUAAGGGCAAUGAGGAGAAGAAUACGGUCAGUGGUGACAGAAGCAGGAGCAACAUGAGGCGAGGCAUGGAUGCCCUGCUGAUCUCUGAACCCAAAAAGGCUGCAGUAGAAGCUGAGGAGUUGGGGAUGACCAUGGAGGACUAUAUAGUGCUGGCUGAUAUCCCAACAAUCCAACUGGAGUCAGAAGAAGAGUUUCCAGGACUGAGGCGGAGGAACCAGAGUCCCAGUCCAUGUAGGGAUUCGAGACUCAGGACAUACAGGUAUCAAGAUGAAACAAACAUCUACAGCUCAAGGCUUGAGCCAGACGACAGAGGGAGAAUCAGAGAGAGGGGGAGAGACAGGAGAGAGAAAUGUCGAGAGUCUGAGAACGGACGAUCAUCUCGAAGACAAUCAACAUCAUCUCUUCAUGCACAGAGCUCAGAUAAUCAGAGUGGAAAACACCGAUCUUCCAGGGUGAAAGAACGAGCUUGUCCCGGAUCCCCGCAAACUCAGGGAUGGAUGUCCAGACUGGAUGAGCAUGGCAAGUGGAGGAAACACUGGUUUGUUCUGAAUGAUACUUGGCUGAGGUUUUACAGAGACUCAGAGGCUGAGGAGUCAGAUGAUGUGGACGGAGAGAUCGACUUGACAUCCUGUGUGAAUGUGUCAGACUGUGACGUGGAAAAGAACUAUGGGCUCCAAAUACAAACAAAAAGAGCAGUGUUCACUCUCUCUGCUAUGACGUCCAGAAUUCGGCGGAACUGGGUGAAGUUACUAAAAGAGGCGAUCCAGAACAACACACACCAAUCAGAAAGCGGCAGCGAGAAAGAGAACCCCCUCUCCCAGAGACCGUCGUCAUGCCAACCCCCUGCUCGGUUCACCUGCAAGGACUCUGGCUAUGAACCUGCCACAUUCAUCUCCACCACCGCCACAGCUGCUAACCAGGCCGACCACCAGGCAGUAGACGGAGAUCUGGGCGCAAACUUAUCUCCAGCCAGUCACAGGGAAGAAGGGGAGGGCUGGGACCGGGAGCAGGCGAAGCGACUGGAGGAGAGGAACAAGUGGUUUGAGAAGGGCGUCCCAUUCGGCGAGAUGGGCAGCAAGUGGGACUCCAUGGAGCUGAAAAAGGGGAGUGUACCCGUGCCUGUUAUUGAAACCAUGGACUCUGAGGUCAACAGAAAGUGGGCAGAAAUUGAGACGAUGUCAUUCAGGGACAUGAGUGUGCAGUCUCUCAUUGGAGCCCAGGCUCAUCAGUCAAGCACUCAGCAGACAUCAGAGUCUCUAGUUAGUCCACAGACUUAUCACUCAAGCCCCGAAGAGGCCGACCAAGCUGUCACCGGUUCACAAACCAGUUUAUCAAGCUCAAAGGAAAUUCCUCCAUCCAUAAAUGGUGCCCAAAUCAUUCAAACUAACACAGCUGAGGCUCUUCAAAAGGAGGCCGCCUCCCUCCGACAGCAGGUGGAGAGCAUUAAAAGAGAGCGUGCAGCCAUGGGCAUAGAGGUGGACAGUCCCUGUGGCCCCGGGGCCCCUGUAGGGCCAAACUAGAGGCCAUGGAAGUGGCCCAUAGGAAAGCACUGCAACAGCUACAGGAGAAACAUACCAGGGACGUGAAGGAGCUGCAGGAGGAGAGAGACAGAAUGGUGCAGGAGGAGAGUCAGGCAGCUGCUAAAGCUAUGGAAGCACUAAGAGCAGCUCACAGGGGGGAACUAGAGAGAGAACAGGAAAAGGCCACGAGGUUAUCCGGCGGAGCAGCACACAUGGAUUCUUCAUACAGAGGACACAUGCCCCAAGCGGACGUGCUACACGGUGAGUUAGAUAUGCUGUCAGAGCGCUACUCCCAGAAGUGCCUGGAGCUGAGUCGCACUGAGCAGAGCAGCAAGAGCCGAGAGACUGAGCUCAGCUACAAGGAGAAAGAGCUGGAGCAGCUCCGAAGAGAAAACAAGGAGCUUAAAGCCAAGCUGGCAGAAGAGAUCAGCCGUAUGCGCUAUUUCAUCACAGGUCAAAGGUCGGAUGUGGUAUCCCUUUGCAACACAGAGCGCACGGCUUCAGAGUUAGAGACACUGCUAAGAGCGAAAGAAAACGAGGUGCAAUAUCUUAAAAAGAAAUCAGCUGUCUGCAGAAUGAAAUACAAUCUCUUAUCAAGGAGAAAGAUACAGCUUAUGAGCGUUACAAGGAGGCCUAUGUGGAGCUGAGUGACACGAGGGUCGGCAGCCAGUUGGAGAUGGGGCUCCCUCAACGAACACUUGAGACUGGCCAACGCUGCACUUCAGGAGGGAGCAAGACAGACUUGACCAAUGAGGACAACCCUUUGAAAUUUACUUUAAAACAACAAAGACAGCAAGCCAAUAUAAAAUAUAUGCAAAAUAUAACACCACCGUUAUUGUAUGACAAUGACUGGAUAUGUCUUGGAGGAGUCACAAUAAAUCCUAAUGCAAAA